AUGGUGCACAUCGCGGAGGCCAGGCGUGGGCGCCCCCUGCAGGCCGACUGCGACGUGGAGCUCCUCGCGCUGGGCCAGAUGGUGCACACCGCGGAGGCCAAGCGUGGGCGGCCCCUGCAUGCCGACUGCGACGCGGGGCUCCUCGCGCUGGGCCAGAUGGUGCACAUCGCUGAGGCCAGGCGGGCGGCCCCUGCAGGCCGACUGCGACGCCGAGCUUCUCGCGCUGGGCUGGGCCAGGCGGCCCACAUCGCGGAAGCCGACUGCGACGCGGAGUUCCUCGCGCUGGGCCAGGCGGCGCACAUCGAGGAAGCCGACCGACUGCGACGCGGAGCCCCUCGCGCUGGGCCAGAUGGUGCACGUCGCGGAGGCCAGGCGUGGGCGGACCCGCAGGUCGACUGCAACGCGGGGCCCCUCGCGCUGGGCCGGACGGUGUACAUCGCGGAGGCCAAGCGUGGGCUGCCCCCGCAGGCCGACUGCGACUCGGAGCUCCUCGCGCUGGGCCAGAUGGUGCAAACCGCGGAGGCCGACUGCGACGCGGGGCACCUCGCGCUGGGCCAGAGGGUGCACAUCACGGAGGUCAGCUGCGACGCGGAGUUCCUCGCGCUGGGCCAGAUGUGCACGUCGCCGAGGCUAUGCGGGCGGCCCCUGCAUGCCGACUGCGACUCGGAGCUCCUCGCGCUGGGCCAGGAAGCCCAAGUCGCGGAGGCCGACUGCAACGCGGGGCCCCUCGCGAUGGGCCAGAUGGCGCACGUCGCGGAAGCCGACGCGAUGCGGAGCCCCUCGCGCUGGGUCGACUGCAGCGCGGAGUUCCUCACGCUGGGCCGGACGGUGUACAUCGCCGAGGCCAGGCGUGGGCGGCCCCCGCAGGCCGACUGCGACGCGGAGCUCCUCGCGCUGGGCCAGAUGGUGCACAUCGCGGAGGCCGACUGCGACGCGGAGCUCCUGGCGCUGGGCCAAGGGGCGCACAUCGCGGAGGUCGACUGCAUCGCGGAGCUCCUCGCGCUGGGCCAGAUGGUGCGCAUCGCGGAGGCUAGGCGUGGGCGGCCCCCGCAGGCCCACUGCGACGCGGAGCUCCUCGCGCUAAACUAG